AUGUCGGAACCAGCAGCAAAGAAGUUGAAAGUUGACGAAAUUCCUAAUCACCUGUCCACUAUGGACGAAACGUGCAAGAAGAAUUUAGUCGACAUCGACAACGUCCAGUCUCAGCUCGACAAACUCAGCGAAGAUGCUGCUGAAGAAAUUUUGAAGGUAACAUUUCUGAGCUUUUUUUUUCUCAAGAUUAUUCACAGAUUGAGCAAAAGUUCAACAAAUCUCGUCAACCCCUUUAUGCCAGAAGAAAUACCCUCAUUCAGUUGAUUCCUGCUUUCUGGGCUACCGCGGUAAGUUUUACCAUAUAUCUUUUUUUCAAUCAAAAAUUUUCAGUUCCUUAACCACCCACAACUUUCCGCGAUGCUGUCAGAACACGAAGAAGAAUUGAUAGGAGCUUUGAAGCAAGUUGAGGUUUAGAGAUAUUCUUGAAGACUUCUUCUGAAAUGUUUUGAUUACAGGUUGAAGAAUUCGAAGACAUUAAAAGCGGCUACAAAAUUAUUCUGACCUUUACCGAAAAUGAGUAUUUUGAUACCGAGCGCAUCGAGAAAACUUACAACCUCAGUAUUGAGCAGCCAGUUUCCACUACGUCUUCGAUCAAGUGGAAAGCUGGACGACAGCCAGCAAAGGUGACAUAAAUCUCGAAGUUUUAUCGAUAAACUCGGUUGUUAAGACGGAUUUGGCAGAGGGCCAGCCGGUGACCUUUGUCGAAUGGCUCAACGAGAACAUUCCACCAGAUUCUGAUGAGAUCGCAGAGGUUAAUAAAUUCCAACGAUUAAAUUCACCUUCUUUUCUUCAGGUUAUCAAGGACGACUUGUUCCCCAAUCCUCUUCAGUAUUACUUGAUGCCUGACGUCGAUGAGGGCGACGAGGAAUUCAACAGGUUUUUGGAAGAAGACGCGGAGGACGAAGAAACUCUUGAUGAGGUUGGUUUUUUUGCGUUUAUUCCAGAGAAUUCGCGAUUUAAUGUUUCUUGCGUUCGAUAAGUUGGUUGACUUCAAUUUUGAUAUUUUAAAAUUUAAAGUCUCAUGGGGUACUAUGAAUAAUCUAAAAUCCCAAAUCUGCAAAAUACAUGUUCAUGUUCACUUCAAAGCCAAUCUUAUGACAAAAAAGGGAUAUUUUCAAUGUAGACGAUUCGUUGACUUUCAAGAAGCUAUGGAUCAAAUUUUUGGCUCAGAUUUGAAAGAAGUAAACUCAGGAUAGUGUUCAUAAAAUUUCGAAAGUUUAUUGGAAACAAUUAAUUUUUCAGGAGAAAUAGGACUUGUGAGAAAAUGUUAAAUAUAAAAUUACCGUUUCUUUAAUUGAUAUCACUGUUUUUUUAGGUUUACGAAAAUGCUGGAUCUGAUGCAGACGCAGCACCAGACGUAUGAAUUGAUACAUAUGUUUGUCAUUUUUAUGUUUUAACUUCUAAAUUAUUUAAUUUUUUUAAUUAUUGCGCAUUUUGUCCACUGGACCUCUUAGGGAAAUUUUAUGUAUUUUCCAUCCCUUUGUUUCUGAGCGUGUUUGUCGAAUAAACGUUUUAAUUUAUUUUGACGAGAUUUAGCCGUUAAUAAAAGCCUCGCGUCAUGAUAAGGAGGAUGUUUCUUAAGUUCAAGUCCUAGAAGCUUUCUUUAUGGUCUUUGUGGAUUGUCAGAAUAGUUGUUUUGAUUCAAAGGGAGCCACGAGAAAAUAAUAGUAGGAUAGCGUGGUUUGAGGCUAUUGUUGAGACUGCGGGGUGAUGUCAGUUGGAGAUAAUUCAGCGAGAAUUCCAUUGGUUCUCGACCAUCACGCCUCUCAACUUCCUGUCGACAGCUGAGCCAAUCUCCAAAUUACGAGACUUGGCAAUUUUCCGCAUGACUUACGCUCAGCUUUCUUUGCAUUUCAACUUUGAACUGAUCAUAAAAGCGUCUUCGGCUCACUACAACACUUUUUUGUGGUCGGGUUAUGGUAAAGAGAGAAGAAAUGCUCUCAUUUCGUAGGAAACUCCAAUUUCGGGUUUUUUUUUCGCUUCAUGAUCUUAUACCAUACAUUGAAAGAACCUUUAGUCUAUGAACUCUUCAACUCUAUUCAUUAACUUUAAAAUUUCCGUCGUGUCGUAUUUCCAAGCCUCAGAAAGUUUAAUAAGAUCAUUUCAUCGCUUUCAGAAAGAAUUAAUUAGUAUGAGCAUUACAAAAGUUUCUUACCCAAUAAUUUUUUAUUAAAUGCAUUUUUUUGACGCUACAAAAAACUUUUUUUUAAUUGAUUGCAUUACAUCAAAAAAGUUAUUUCGAGAAAAAAACAAUUCCUAACGUAUUUAGUACAUACGCGAAUCGGGAGGGUAGCAUAAUGUGUCCACAAAGGUACCUCUCAAAAUGGAUCGUGAUGACCCCAUAAUGUGUCGAGAGACCUCCAGCAUACCUUCUAGUUAUAUCUGGGCCUUCUAGGAGGUACCUGAGAGUAUCCCUCAAGUCCAUCUCAUUUUGCUCAAAGUCCGACAGAAGCACACUCGAGAUACCAUCGAUAGACUUCAGACCCUGCGACAUACCUCAGAGGGUAUCGCGAUAACCUUUCUCGAGUAUGAACAGUCAAUCCAUUUGUGUAUGAGACUAUCCUCUUUUGUCAGAAAAUAGAUUUUUUUUUGUGUACUGUUCAUGUCUUCAGCUUUUUCUUCAGUAGCUUUUUCUUCAGAUAGAACGAUUGAAGGAGUUAUCUGAUUGUUUUGAAGAAUGUCGGCGGAUGUUUUACAUAUGCACGCUUUCCAUAAUUAACGCUGAAAACUGAGUCCGAGAUCCGGAGUAGUAUGUUUGUCAUUUGACGCCCAAUUUGUGCCGUCUGAUGUCUUCUUUUUUGGCUUCUUUCCCCGCAUGUGAUCGACGGUUCGCGUGGCUGUUUUCCCCUACAAUUGCGCCCAGGGGAGCUAAUGAAAAUUCCGAAAAUGGCGCUUUUCCUCUCCAUUUGGCAGGUUACGGGACCUUAGGUCCAUUUCAUUUCGAUCGUUCCCCUCCCCCGAGUUCAAAGUAGAUUCAUAGUUUAGAAGUGGGAUUAGUGGUGCUUCUCGAGUUAGUAGAGACAUGAAAUAAUAACCUAAAUAUAUAUUUCAAUAGUUCAGAUCAGAAAAACCUUCCAUAGAACGUUCUCUUUUCAUACUCUCCUUAAUACUCUUGAAUCUUUGAAAUACAUUUUUAUUUUGAAUGAAAUCCAUGUUACGAACUUCGUUUUGAAGUCUAGUUUGGUUUUCAGAUCUGAAUAAUAUAAGGAAAACAGUUCAAACUACAUACUUCAGAAAGCUGAGACCUAACUUUUUUUUUCCAACUUCAAAAAAAGUACCAAAUAAUUAGUCUGCAGAUGUAUUUUUCAUGAAAAUUAACCUUGGUAUCUUUGCUAUUUAUCGAAAAAACCUUCAAAGUCAACGAGGUAUGUUUUUCUGGGAUUGAAUUUUUGCAGCUUCUUCAGGCUCGUGAGGUUUGUUUUUCGCGUGAAAGGCGGCAGAGAGCUGAGAAUCGUGAAUAAUGGCUACCGUCUCAGAUUCUGAGCGCACAAACCUUUUGGCAGAAGAACUCAUAUUUUUUGUUCUUUCUCAUCUCGAAAGAUGUUGACUUCCGACCAAAUCAUAAUCACGGCUUUAUCCGCUAUCAAUUAUUGUCCCUCUCGUAUUAUACCUACUUCCUUCUUAAUAACAUGCUUGUCGGAGCAAAAGUAAAGCGUGGGAUUUCUCGUUCUCUCACGCGCCUGAACAUUCCUUGUAUUUCUCGACUUUCUCCGUUUAAUUCGCCCUUAUCAUCUUCUUCAAACUGAGCAAGUUAUACUCAACUUCUUCGGAGACUCCUCAUUUCUUUUUUUACUGAAAAAAGCUUUCCAUUGAAAUUCCAUGUCCGUAAACUCAGUCAAAUUUGAAGAUCAUUCUGAAGAUUAGAGAUGGUUUUCAGAAAUUUCGACAUCUUCACUUAAUUUUAUCUCUUUUUUUCUGAUAAUUUUUGAUCGGCCUUUUUUUCGCUUUCUUUCAAUAUUUUCUGAUAUUCAGUAAAUCUAACCACGAUGAUUCGCAACUUGUUGGCCGUGGUUUUGGUGGUUCUGGCGACAUUUCUUUUGAGCUUCGUUUCAGCCUACGAAGAAGCUGGAGACGACGCCUACGUCGGGCCCAGGUUCUUUUUUCAUUGGAGACCAUAAAUUUGAUUAAACCCUGUUUUUCAAGGUUCCGCAGAGACCGGAUGAGCUUCGACGGCGAGCCCAUGUACCUACAACAUCUCCUGCAAAACCUCAAACCGCGGUUCCGCCGCAACGUAUGGUGAGUGGUUCCUUCUCUUCUCUUCUCUACCAAACGAUAGAUGGCUUCUUGGAUCUUUGAUUUGUUUGACCUUUGGACGGUUCCAUUCAUAACAACGGGCCGAAUAAGAAGCCCAAGUUUGCUCUAUUGACAGACUUUGAAAUUAUUACUUUUUCGCAACGAUUUGAGAUUUGUCGUCAAUAAUCCGAUUGACAUUAUUAAAACUUUCAAGGAGAUUAAGGUUAUAAUAUAGUUCUUUCAUAAAAAUCUGCUCUUUGACUGAAAAGCGAAAAAAAGAAAGUUUGAAUUUCAGAUUUUUGCGAACGAGGUUUUGAAAACUAAAAUUGAUAAUGAAAAAUCCAAAAAAACCAUCCGUUUAAACAAAAACUUUUUUUCAUUUUUUUGAGUCUAAACAUUUCAACAGCGGGUUGAAAAAAAGUCAAUUUUGCAUUUAUAAGAGAAUUUUUUUGAAACAUCAAUAAUCUCUUUGACAUUAUCAACAAAAACAAGAUUAUAAGGUAUUAUGUAUAUAUUCCAGUGAAAAAAAGCCACCACCUUAUUUCUCUUCGAUCAUAUAUAAAUGAUUGGUGGUUUGAUAGGUUUUUGACUUUUCAUUGUUUGACCUUUAGACAAAAAAAUUUCAAAAAAACAAACUCAAAAAAAUGUUCGAUGAUAACACGUUUGCCAAAAAGAGUUUGACUGAAACUUGACUUUGUUUCAUUUUUUUCCUCAAGCAUUUUCAAAUUCGAAUUAUCAUAAAUUUUGUUCAAAAAAAUUAUACUUUUUGAUUAAAGAUCUAUCGCGCUUCGAUUUUAGGUCUAUCCUAUCCAUAAUGGACUCUGAUCUCGCUUAUUUUGUUCGAAAUUUUAGACUAAUGUUAGUAUUGAAUCUCUAUUUGAAAAUUCUGGCAUCAGUGGAAUAUUUUUUUCUUCCAGAUCACCCACGGAAAAUCUACGUCCGCCGCUUUUGAAACCCAAUUAACCCAAGUUUGA